AUGGGCUGCGCGUAUGCAUCGCUGUCGCUUCUGCUGGCGCUCCUGGCCUGCUGCUGGGCCGCCGUGUGUGCUGAGGUCGGGGCCACCCCGCCGCUGCCGCCCGAGGGUCCGAACUCUACGGCUACGGAAGCAGCCCCGACGGCCGUUCGACCUUCCUCCUCGUCGCCCUGGCCCUCGCGCACCCCCAGGCUCCCCAGGCCCCCCCCUAUCACGGACGUUGCUGCUCUGUGCAUCUGCGACCUAUCUCCAGCUCAGUGUGAUGUGAACUGCUGCUGUGAUCCAGACUGCAGCCCCAUGGACUUCAGUGUCUUUUCUGCCUGCUCAGUUCCAGUUGUCACGGGUGAUCAUCAGUUUUGUAGUCAAAAGGCAGCCAUCUAUUCCUUGAAUUUUACAGCCAACCCAUCUCAGAGAGUAUUUAAAAUUGUUGACCAGAUCAAUCCCUCGAUAUUCUGUGUUCAUAUUACAAAUUAUAAACCUGCAUUAUCCUUUGUUGAUCCAGAAGUACCUGAUGAAAGUAAUUUUGAUAGAUUGGUGAAAGCAUCUCAUGGCUUUUCUUCGACCAUAGACUCAGAUGUUUCUUUCACCAACAAACCAGAUGCUCCAAAGGCUGGCAAAUAUGAGUACGGUGUUCCGGUGCAGACUUCAGAUGGCUUUCUGAGAUUUCCGGCUCCCUUUCUGUCAUCUCUGUGCAUUGAUAAUAACCCUGCAGCAUUUUUGGUGAACCAAGCUGUUCAGUGCACCAGAAGGAUAAACUUAGCUCAGUGUGGAGAAACUGAAGUGCUGAACAUGGCCCAUUAUACCAGCCCUAAAAUUUUGAAGGUUCCGAAUUCGACAGUGAAGCUUCCCAUCUCAGUGCACUCCAUCCUCCUCCGCUCUCUAAACAAGACUCUGUCCUUCUGGAAAGGCUCUGGGCUUCUGAAACCAAGGCUUAUGGAGGCCGGGCAUAUGAAAGUCUGCAGAAACACGGUUCUCGAGGUGAAGUACAGCCUCACCUAUUCACCUGUGGGGGAAGUGACGGAUGCUGUGGUCUCUCUUCUCCUGGGGACAGUGAGCAGUGCCGAGAUGCCACUCCAACAGAAGUUCCAAAUUCACUUCAUCCAGCAAACUACAAAGCCAUUUCCUCUCAGUGGCAACCCAGGCUAUGUGGUGGGGCUCCCGUUACUUGCUGGAUUUCGGCCUCAGCAGGGGUCUGGAAUUAUUCAGACCGCAAAUAGAUAUGAACAACUUACUAUUCUUCAUAGCACAGUUGAGCAAGACUGCUUAGCAGUUGAGGGACUGCGGACUCCAGUCUUAUUUGGCUACAAUAUGCAGACUGGCUGUAAACUAAGACUAACUGGCGCACUCACUUGUGAACUGGCAGCACAGAGGACCAAGAGCCUGCUGAGGGGCCAAGGCUUCCCAGAUUUUGUGGCUCCUUUUGGAAACUCUCGGGCCCAGGAUGUGCUGGACUGGGUGCCUGUCCAUUUCCUCAUACAGGCCCCCGCCGCAAAGGAUUCUUGCCAACUCCCGGUGGCUUUAGUUCUGGAAGUGAAAUGGACUAAAUAUGGAUCCUUACUGAACCCACAGGCUAAGAUAGUGAAUGUUACUGCAAACUUAAUUUCAUCUACACUCGAGACCAGCUCAGACAAAGAAAGGAUGGUGCUUAUUUCCACCGUGGUCACUUUUGUGGAUGUGUCUGGACCAGCAGAGGCGGGCUUCCGAGCUCAGCCAACCAUCAAUGCCAAGCUGCCCUUUGAUUUCUUCUUUCCAUUCGUUUGAUGAAUACGUGGGUUCCUCCAUUACACGCAGAAUUUGAGAAGUAGUAGCUGAGAUCGAAUUCAAUCUGCAGCUACUAACGGUCCAACUUUGUUCAGCCUGAAGCAAGAGUCAAGUGUC